CAGGACCGACAAUGUGAGUGACACCAAAAAGAAACGGAACGUGUCCCUAAGAGCCGACGAGCACAAAUGAUGAGUGCCGUGGAGAAAACAAUGGGGAACUGAAAGGAAUAACGCUGGAAAGCGCAGUUGCGGCGAGGGGCAGGAGGGGAGAUUUGCACUCGGAGAAGCAGUAUGUGACGUCAGCAGCUUGUUGGAUUGAGGUGCUUUGUCCUGCUGAUUUUAAUCCCGACUCAUUAAGGAACUCAGCGCGAGUGUCUGCACAAGUGCUCUGGCAGGAGAAAGUGACGGACGACGGAAGGAGUGCUCCGCAGUCCUUGCAGACCAUAUUCAUGACUUCAGAUCUUUUGUGAUUUUUCUCUUUAGUUACGUUUCUCGGUCCCGGUGAUUCGGUGGGUUAAAGAUGCCCACCAACGGAAUGAACAGAGCCCUGAAGCUUCAGUUCGGCUUGAUCAACUACGAAAACCGCUACCUGACGGCGGAGGCCUUCGGCUUCAAGGUGAACGCCUCGGGCACUAGCAUGAAGAAGAAACAGAUCUGGACCUUGGAGCAGGACGAGCACGACGGCCAGGUGGUCUUCCUCCGCAGCCACUUGGGACGUUACCUGGCAUCCGACAAAGACGGCAAGAUCACGUGCGGGGCGGAAAGCCCCGAGCCGGAGUGCCGUUUCCUAAUCGUGCCCCAGUCCGACGGUCGCUGGGCGCUGCAGUCGGAGCCUUACCUGCGUUACUUCGGCGGCUCGGCCGACUACCUGUCCUGCUUCGCCCAGGCCAUCGCCGAGCAAGAGCUGUGGGCCGUCCAUUUGGCUCUGCACCCGCAGGCCAGUCUGCUGAGCGUGGCGCGCAAACGCUACGCCCACCUGUCCGCUUCCGACGGAGAGAUCUCCGUGGACAGCAACAUCCCCUGGGGGGUGGACUCCUUGGUCACCCUGAUGUACCGGGACGGCAAGUACAGCCUGAAAACCUGCGACGGCCGUUUCCUCAGCAACGACGGCAAACUGGUCAAGGAGAACGCCGAUAGCGCCAGUUUUACGCUGGAGUUGAAAUCCGGAAAACUGGCUUUCAAGGACUGCGACGGCAAAUAUCUAACCCCGGUGGGUCCCACCGGAACACUGCGAUCCGGCCGCUGCUCCAAGCCGGGGAAAGAUGAGCUCUUUGACCUUGAGGAAAGUCACCCGCAAGUCAUUUUUCAAGCUGCCAAUAAAAGAUUUGUCUCGGUCAAGCAAGGUGUAAGCAUUUCAGCCAAUCAGGAUGUGGAGACUGAUAUGGAGACUUUUCAGAUGGAAAUUGAUAAGAAGAGCAAAAAGUCCAUGUUCAGGACUAACGGGGGGUCUUAUUGGACUCUAGUAACCCACGGAGAGAUCCAGUCCACUGCGUCGGAAGCAGAGAUAAAUACAAUGUUUGACAUCGAAUGGCGAGGGCAAAGAGUGGCGCUGAAGGCUAGCAACGGAAAGUACGUCUGCACAAAAAAGAACGGGCAGCUCUCAGCGGUGAGCGAUGCUGUAGGGGAAGAUGAGUUAUUUCUGAUGAAGCUCAUCAACCGACCCAUGCUCAUCCUCCGUGGAGAAAACGGCUUCGUGUGUCACCACAAGAACUCCAACACCCUCAACGCCAACCGAUCCGUCUACGACAUUUUCUCACUGAUAUUCAACGAUGGAGCCUACAAUAUUCAAAGUGUGAAUGGAAAGUUCUGGUACGUCUCCAGCAGCGGCCUGGUGUGCUCAGAUGGCGAAAAGGCGGAAGAUUUUUUCUUGGAGUUCCUGGAACACGGGCGAAUAGCAAUUAAAGGUUCCAAUGGCAAGUACCUUCGAGGGGACCAGGGAGGCACGCUAAUGGGCGAUUGCCAGGCUGUUGACGCGUCCUCUCUUUGGGAGUACUAAAACAUCAUCAAGUCAGUGUCCUAACACACUGCAUGAAGAAGGAGCUCACACGGAGUGGAUUGGCUGACUAACAUUUUCAUGCCAUGUUUUUAUACGGUCAGCCAGAUGCCCAAUCGCAUUUUUAAAUUGAGACAUUUAGUAUGCUUUCUCAUUUUCUUUUACUUUCAAAUGACAUUUUCAUUGCCAACAUAAAAAACAAACAAAAAAAAGAGUCUAAGCAUCCAAAUAUAAUGAUGUUUUGGAGUCAAACUCAUUCAUGGCCAUUGACAGUGAUAGACAAUAAAUUCAUUUUAACUGAGAUAGCUGGCAGCAUUCAUGUUUUAGUGCCAUUGACGGCAAUCCAAUCCAUUUUGACUCCCAGAUUGGACGUCUAUUCUGGUCAAUGGCAGGGAACAGGUUCGUUACUGUAUUUUUCAGACUAUAAGUCGCUCUGUAUUGUAACUUGCACCAGCCAAAAACUACGUAAUAACGAACAAAACCAUGUACGAGUCAUAUUUUUGUGGGGACAAUUGUUUGAUCAAAUCCAACCCCAAGUAGAUAUAUUUCAUUUUGAAUGCAAGUCAAAAUAAUGUGGUGAAUGAUGUGCGGCUAAAACUACGAAGACAUUAGCCUUUACUUUCAGUGGCUGCUGUUGAAUCUCGCUCACCACACGACUCCAAAAAAUGGCUCGCUACAUUGAACACAGCACACAUGCAGGUCAUUGUUAAGCAAAGACUCCUCUCAGUAACGGUGCCCUAACAAAUUACGCAUUAACCUUUGCGGGCGUAACAGACCAAUAAAAAAACAGUCUCAUGCCUCCCAGCAUGCCUUGCGGCGCUCGGCAGGGGCGGAUUGGGGGUAGCGGAAGUGGCCCGGGAGUCAUUAAAAGACCGGCCCACUUCAUGGACGGUGUUGGAAGUCAUCUAGCCGGCAACACAGAGAGGUCCACUACUAAUAUUCACUAACCUUGGCCAGAAUUGUGGAUUUACAGUACCACAAAAAUGAGUACUGCAACCUAAAUAAAGCAUACAUGUAUGACUUUUAAUAUAUUUUAUUUAAAAAAUAGUAAAAAUUCAUAGUUUGAAGCAUUGGAGUAGUCAGAAAGGUCCAUUACUAAUAUUCACUAACCUUGGCCAGAGCUUAUUCAGAACUGUGGAUUUACAGUUACAUAAAAAUAUGAAAUGUAACCUGAUCAAAGUAUGCAUGUAGUUCCUUUAAUUGAAAUUUUUCUAAAUAUUGGUACAGUAUAAAUGCAUCAUUUUGAGUAUGUGAGUAGUCAGAAAGAGCCACUACUAAUAUUCACCAACCUUGCCCAGAACUUACUCAAUUGUGGAUUUACAGUAUCACAAAAAUGAGAACUGUAACCUAAUAUUUCAAUACAUUUUUCCAAGUAUUGGUACAGUAAAAAUGCAUCAUUUUGAGUAUGUGAGUAGUCAAAAAUAGCCGCUACUAAUAUUCACCAACCUUGCCCAGAACUUCCUCAGUAUUGUGGAUUUACAGUUCCACAAAAAUGAGAACUAUGACCUAAUUUAAAUAAUACAUGUAGGACUUUUAACUCAUUUUCCCAAAUAUUGGUACAGUAAAAAUGCAUCGUUUUGAGUAUGUGAGUAGUCAGAGAGGUCUACUAGUAAUAUUCACCAACCUUGCCCAGAACUUAUUCAGAAUUGUGGAUUUACAGUGCCACAUAAAUGAGAAGUGUAACCUAGUUAAAGAAUACAUGUAGGACUUUUAACUGAUUUUUCCAAAUAUUGGUACAGUAAAAAUGCAUCGUUUCGAGUAUGUGAGUAGUCAGAGAAGUCUACUAGUAAUAUUCACCAACCUAGCCCAGAACUUCCUCAGUAUUGUGGAUUUACAGUUCCACAAAAAUGAGAACUGUAACCUAAUUAACGAAUACAUGUAGGACUUUUAAUUCAUUUUCCCAAAUAUACUGUAUGUACACUAAAAAUGGAUCGUUUUGAGUAUGCGAGUAGUCAGAGAGGUCCACUUUUAAUAUUCACCAACCGUGCCCGGAACUUCCUCAGAAUUGUAGAUUUACAGUUCCAUAAAACUGAGAUCUGUAACCUAAUUAAAUACAUGCAAGACUUAAUUCAUUUUGCCAAAUAUUGGUACACUAAAAAAUAGUAGUAGUAGUCAGAGAGGUCCACUAGUAAUUUUCACCAACCUUGCCCAGAACUUACUCAGAACUGUGGAUUUACAGUACCACAAAAAUGACAACUGUAACCUAAUUAAAGAAUACAUGUAGGACUUUUAAUUCAUUUUUCCAAAUAUUGGUACAGUAAAAAUAUAUAGUUUUGAGCUUGGGAGUAGUCAGACCGGUCCAUUACUAAUAUUUACCAACGUUAGCCAGUACUUACUCAGAUACUGUAUGUAGAUUUACAGUCCCACAAAAAUGACAACUGUAACCUACCACCUACCAAAACGACCCAUUCCUCAGGGGAAUCGCAUAAAAUUGUACUGACUUGACAGCGUAGGUAACGCACAUGUGGAUGGAGCAGUUUUAAGAUCAGGCAAUUUCAUUUUUAAAUGAUGACAAUGGCAGCGUUAUAUAUUUUAUGACGUUGGAAGUUCAUGUUCUGUGCUAAUUAUUUCUUCAGUUACUGUUCCAAUUGUUUCAUUACUUACAAGUUCAUUUCAGUUUUGUUUUGACACCUUGACUGUGCAAGACAUUUGAGUCAAUGACCAGCCAUUUUUUUGUCAUCGUUUGUGGAAGUGAAUGUAAGCCUCUUCUUCUGCUUACAAUAACAAACUGCAAAUUGUCCGCCUCUGUCCCGUAAGCGCCACAAUAUAGAACCCGCGUGUCAUUUUUAGUCGCCUCGUCCCUUUAAAAAUUUCUCGUAUAAGUCGUUCCGGAGUAUAAGUCACACCUCCGACCUACCAAUGGACAAUUAAAAAAAAAACGGAGACUUAUAGUCGGAAAAAUACAGUACUUUAGCUGACCCUGGCAUUAAAGCCCACCGCCCUUGUUUACAGCCCUUUAUUUUAUCCAACGCUUUGAAUUACGACGCUCUGUAGACAAAGCGUGGCCCCUAAACGUCACUCUGGGCAAUUGGUAAUGCCCCAUUGUUUUUAAAGAGAGCGGGGCCACUGCCAAUGGAGUUUUCAUUUAUUUUAAUGGAGCAUUUACAGUUUCCAUAAAACACAGUAUGACCCAAAUGGAUUGUAUAAUUCUAAUGCUAUGCAAUGUACAAUAACGCAAACUUUGCUGAAAUAAAUGUGGUGAAAACUAAACACGUGGUGGGUGAACAAAUCUUUUUGAGGAAACAGCAAACGCAAGGGACAAGCAUGUAUCACCUCUGUGAAGUUGGCACCCAUUACGCACAGAUUUAUAUAAAAAUUAUGUUAACCGUUUCUGCUGCUAAGCUUGAGAUAUUUACAAUUUUAGAGGUCAAUCUGAGGUCAACCAGCCCCCAUUUUGAUUAAAAACGGCUAAAAAUUGUGUCAAUCGUUUGUGCUAUCAUUUUUGAGAUAUCAAUUUCGAGUGGUGACGUCACGGAGCUCCCCCAUUUUUGGUGCCAUUUGUUUAUGCUGUAAAAAUUAGUUUGUGCUGCUAUCGUUUUAAAGAUAUUGAGGUAUAAAUUUCAAGGGAUGACGUCACUUGCAGCCCUUUUGUAUUUUAGGGGCCAUUUACAUGGUGACUCUCCGAGAAUACGAAAAAUUUCAAAUUUGCAUUUGUGUCUCCAUUCGAACUAUGUUGCAAUUCCGCAUGAAAACGAUGUAGUAUUCAUGCCAGGCCCUAGGGGGCAGUGCAGAUUUACAGGGCGACAGAGAACGAUGCACUUUGACCCCGCCAAGCUCUCUCAGCCCGGAAAAAAAUAUGCCCGCCCACUCAAAGCAAUGGCAUUUUUCUCUUGUUCAAAAAGGCACAAAAAUGCAAACAUUCAACAUAUUUUGUAGAAGCCAUAUUCCCUGUCACAAUUCAUUGCAUCAAUUUCUUUAUUUUGAAACUGUGUUAUUGUUUUUGCCACCAGGGGGCACCACCAAUGUCAUUAGGUAUUUUACUAUAAAGGUGCACCUAGAGAGCCACUGUUAAUUAGUGCACCUGGUGGACACACGGUUUUUCUACCAUAGCACGCCGUAGUAUUAGCUACAUGGAAAGUGGACUGUUUGCUGAAUAAAUCAAGUAGAGCUGUCCCGACUAGUCGACGUUGUUGACGUCAUCGAUGACGUAAAUGUGUCGACUGGCAAAACAUACCGUCAACGGGUAAUGCCAGGUUAAAAAUUUACAUGCAGAUUAAGUUUAGAAUGGCGGGCGCUUACGAUGCAAGCGGUUGUUACCAGCACCCCCAAGGAGGCCGCUGUUAUUAUCAAUGUGACUGGCAUUGUCAUAUUGAGCGGAGAGAAAGAAAGUGGGCGAGCGAGAGAGAGGGAGGGAGGGAGUGAGAUCGGUGAGAGUUGGAAAAGUGCGCGGGCAGCGCGGAGUGAAGUGGCUGCAUCCCCCACGUUUUUGUUUUGGUCAAUAAAAGUAUCCAUAAAAAGCCAUCUGACGCCUCUCUUGUGUUAUUAUGCAUGCCGCCACCUUCCUGAGGAGGAAAUCGGACGAACCGACGACAACGAGUCAAGUGAAACGCCGGUUCACUCGUCACUACGCCGAGCAGUUGAAAACAUUGCCAAUUACCAAGAAGGGCAGAAUUGGUAACACGGUGAAAGUGGCAUAAAGCCAAAAACGCUGACCAGACUAGCCAGAGCCUGAAAUUAUUUCAAGGAAAAUAUGGAUGGUGCCACUGUGUGUACUCUUUGCUAAGCUGAGCUCGCAUACCACGGUAGCACGUCGGCUAUGAACGAUCACCUGAAGCGCCGUCACCCAGGUGUGUUUCAGAAGACAACAGAAAACACCAAUCUAGCGUAUUGUAAGUCCAUACAACUUUCUAACGAUUUUUAAAAAAAAAUUGAAGUUGCCUUUAUGUUCGUCGUAUUUAAUUUAAAAAAAUAAUAUAUAUAUA